CCAACCCCGUCGUCCAUCUGCCACCCGUUAUCCCUUCUUCCCUUCCUCUUUGUACCGCUGCCAUGUUCCUGAACGCAGCUAGAGGCUCGCUGUGCCGAUCGACGACAAGAACAGCUCGAAGGUCGGUGUUGAGCACCACUUCAACGCUGUCGCAAUGUCGACAAUAUCACGAAAAGGUGAUAGAUCAUUAUGAGCGCCCCCGAAAUGUCGGAUCCCUUUCGAAAAACGAUCCAAAUGUUGGCACGGGGCUCGUCGGAGCACCAGCUUGCGGCGAUGUUAUGAAGUUGCAAAUAAUGGUGGACGAAGCGACGGGGGAAAUACAAGAAGUCAAGUUCAAAACAUUUGGAUGUGGAUCGGCGAUUGCUAGUAGUUCAUUGGCGACGGAGAAGAUCAAGGGGUUGAAAGUAUGGGAUGCAAAAAAGAUUACAAAUACGGAUAUUGCAAAAGAGCUGUCUUUGCCGCCUGUCAAGUUGCAUUGUUCUAUGUUGGCAGAGGAUGCCAUAAAGUCUGCGGUUAAAGAUUGGGAAGCGAAGCGGGCGGCCCGAGGGUUGAAGCCUCUAGCACCUCUUGCGUAGAGAUAGAGUGGGAUGAGACGCGCUAUGGAUACUCUGUUAGUGACUUGGACUAUUUUUGGACAAUUUACCGUAAUGCCAUGUUACAGGAUAUCAAUGUUUCUUAGACCCUCCAUUAGUCGUUAGGUGACAAUGGGGCAAAAGUAGUUAGUAAUAGCGUAGAUCCCCUCAUCUUCGUGUAUCAGCAUACAUGGAAUCCCAGCAUAUCCGUCUUGGUACGGAAAACCACAUUGCCGGGUCAGCAACUGGUUGUUUCUAACAACUGUUUUCAAUGUCAUCUAUAUAUUACAUACUUGCGAUAUUCC